UGUGUGCUAACAAACAGCGCGCUAGGCUAGUUAGGCUGAGAGCGCAGAGCCACGGCGAGGGAGCGCAAAACAAAUCCUGAGGAAAUAAACAAGAAGUGGAGACGACUAUCACACACACACACACCGUGUCUCUCUCUCUGUGUGUGUGUGUGUGUGUGUGUGUGUGUGUGUGUGUGUGUGUGUGUUCAGUAGUCAGGAUAGCGGUGGUUUCCGCCAUGAGUGUGUGUUUGUAGGACUGGCGAUGAAAUCGAGGAGCCAUGGCGAUGUCUCUGAGUGCAGACGAUGAAGAUUACGAGUCGGACACAGGAGAACAGCAAAGGCCAGGCAACAGGCCCAAACCCAAGAUGGCGUCCACGCCCACAGCGUCCACGCCCACCACCUCCACAUCGUCCUCCACGGCGGGGGGUGUGGUGAAGCUGCCUUCCAAUCGGAGCUCAUCAGGGGCGCGGCGUAGACGCACACGCUGCAGGAAGUGUGAGGCGUGUGUCAGGAGCGAGUGUGGGGAGUGUCACUUCUGUAAAGACAUGAAGAAGUUCGGGGGACCAGGACGCAUGAAACAGUCGUGCAUCAUGAGGCAGUGUAUCGCUCCCGUUCUGCCCCACACAGCCGUGUGUGUAGUGUGUGGAGAAGCGGGUAAGGAGGACACACUGGAUGAUGAAGAGGAGAAGUUUAAUGCCAUGUUGAUGGAGUGUUCCAUCUGCAACGAGAUCGUCCACCCUAACUGUCUAAAGGUGAAGGACGCAGCAGGUGUAGUAAACGACGAGCUCCCUAAUUGCUGGGAGUGUCCCAAAUGUAACUACGCAGGGAAGACUGGGAAAGCCUGCAAGCAAAAACGAGGCCCAGGAUUCAAGUACGCGUCCAACCUGCCGGGGUCGCUACUGCGGGAGCAGAAAUCCACACGGGAUGGUAAGGAUGAGGGUGAGCGCAGGAGGUCGGAGAGGGACGACACGCCCCGGAUGCCUUGUGAGGACAUGCCUAUGCUGCUAAUGCCAAGAGACAUGCCCCGGCCUCGUCCUGACAUUCCCAACUUCCUCAGAAAAAAGAAGAAGCUGUUUGAUGAUGAUGAUGAGGAAGAGGAUGCUAGUGCAAAGAAGAAGCUGAAGAAACCGUGGAAGCCGGAGGAGUCAUUGCUGCCGAAGAUGUCCUCAAUGAAGAUGGAGGAAGAUGAGCUGUCCGAGGCAGAGGAGGAGAAAGAGGAGGAAAACAAACAGCCACCACGUGGAAUAAACAGGAAGGAGCUUGGGUCUGUGAGUAAACAGGAGGAGGAGAGGGGCGAGGAUGAAGACGACACACACAAGUUUGUGAAGGAGGAGGAGGAGGAGGAGGAUGGCAGUGAACUGCAGGAGCGAGUGCAGAGAGCACAGCGAGCUAAACGAGCACAGCGCAGGAGGACAGGACGCAACGAUCACUUGCUCGCUAACGAGAACCUGCAGCCGGACGACAGCGAGAACGACGAGAACGACAAGAAGAACUUCCGGAAUGGAGAGAACGGAGAGAGAGCACACCUGCGGGCGCGCGAGAUGAACGGUGCCCCAUGGGAGUUGCGGCAUUUUUACCCGUCUCAGAUCGUACCUUUAGGUCUGAACCGUAUAACCCCACCCAUCCGCCCCCAGCCUCCCCGCUCACCACCCAAAUGUGUCCAGAUGGAGCGUCACGUGAUCCGCCCUCCCCCCAUCUGCCCUCCUCCUGAUAGGCUGCCUCUGGCUGAUGGGAGGAGCCACGUGGUACAGCAUGAAGUCUGGUUGGCUAUUUUCAGUCACCUGAGUCACAGUGAGCUGUGUGUGUGUAUGCGGGUGUGUCGCACCUGGAACCGCUGGUGCUGUGAUAAGCGUCUGUGGACAAAGAUCAACUUGAGCCGCUGUAAGUCCAUCACCCCUCUGAUGUUGAGUGGAAUAAUCCGGAGACAGCCAAUGAUGCUGGACCUCAGCUGGACCAACAUCUCCAAGAAGCAGCUGAGCUGGCUCAUCAACAGACUGCCCGGUUUGCGUGUGUUGAUACUGUCCGGUUGUUCCUGGGCAGCUGUCUCCGCUCUCUGUACGUCCAGCUGUCCUCUUCUGCGCUCUCUGGACCUGCAGUGGGUAGAAGGACUGAGAGACACACAGAUUAAAGACCUGCUGUCUCCACCUACAGACAACAGGCCAGGUCAGAUUGACACUCGGAGUAAGCUGCGGAACGUUUUGGAUCUACGUCUGUCAGGGUUGGACAUUACGGACGUUUCUCUGCGUCUCGUCAUCAAGAACAUGCCACUGUUAAAACAUCUGGAUCUGAGUUACUGCAACCACGUCAACGACCAGAGCGUCAACCUGCUAACAGCUGCCGGGACAACAACCCGCGACUCUCUAACAGACAUCAACCUGUCAGUGUGUAACAGGAUCACGGAUCAGUCCCUGAGCUACUUUAAGCGCUGUGCAAGUAUUUGUUGUAUCGAUCUGCGCUUCUGUAAGCAGGUGAGCAGGCAGGCGUGUGAGCGCUUCAUCGCUGAGAUGUCGGUCAGCGUCUC